AAACAGAUCACCUCCAGUUUUCAUACACAUCCGUAAAUCAUCAACCACAUAAAAUCGUGUUUCGAUCUGCAAUUUCCAUAAAAUCAAUUCAUCCAUCGAAUCCCGCCGAAAAAUUACUUUGAUUUGGUUGAUCACCGAUAAACAUGGGGAGUUUAAAGGCAGUGUUGAAGCAUCCCGACGAUUUCUACCCCUUGUUUAAGUUGAAGAUGGCGGCCAAGGCAGCGGAGAAACAGAUCCCGUCGGAGCCACACUGGGGAUUCUGUUACUCUAUGCUACAUAAGGUUUCUAGAAGCUUUGCCCUCGUUAUUCAACAGCUCAAUCCUGAGCUUCGUGACGCUGUGUGCAUUUUUUAUUUGGUUCUUCGUGCCCUUGACACCGUCGAGGAUGAUACAAGUAUAGCUGCUGAUAUCAAAGUACCCAUACUGGUCGCCUUUCAUCAGCAUAUCUACGAUCGUGAUUGGCACUUCGCAUGUGGUACAAAGGAAUACAAAGUUCUAAUGGACCAGUUCCAUCACGUUUCUACUGCCUUUCUGGAGCUUAGUAAAAGUUAUCAGGAAGCAAUUGAGGAUAUAACAAUGAGAAUGGGUGCAGGGAUGGCAAAAUUUAUAUGUAAAGAGGUUGAGACAAUUGAUGAUUAUGACGAGUAUUGUCAUUAUGUUGCGGGGCUUGUUGGAUUAGGACUGUCAAAGCUCUUCUAUGCCUCAGGCACAGAAAUUUUGUUUCCGGAUCCUCUCUCAAAUUCAAUGGGUUUAUUUCUCCAGAAAACAAACAUCAUUAGAGAUUAUCUCGAGGAUAUAAAUGAGAUACCCAAGUCACGCAUGUUUUGGCCUCGUGAGAUCUGGAGUAAAUAUGUGAAUAAACUAGAGGACCUGAAGUACGAAGAAAACUCCAAGAAGGCUGUUCAGUGCUUAAAUGAUAUGGUGACGAAUGCUUUAAUACACAUUGAAGAUUGUUUAAAAUAUAUGUCUGACUUGCGUGAUCCAGCUAUCUUCAAGUUCUGUGCUAUACCCCAGAUCAUGGCAAUUGGAACACUAGCUUUAUGUUACAACAACAUUGAAGUUUUCAGGGGUGUAGUCAAAAUGAGACGUGGCCUUACUGCAAAAGUAAUUGAUAGAACCAAGACAAUGGUAGAUGUGUACGGUGCUUUUUAUGAAUUUUCUUCGAUGCUCAAAUCCAAGGUUGAGAUGCAUGAUCCGAAUGCCAAAACAACAAUCAGCAGGAUAGAAGCAGCUCAGAAAAUUUGCAGGGAUUCUGGCACCCUUACCAACAGGAGAUCGUAUAUACUUAAGAGCGAGCCAAGCUACAGUCCUGCUCUGAUUGCUUUGGUUUUCAUUAUACUGGCAAUUCUUUAUGCAUAUGUGUCUGCUAAUCGACCAAAUAAAAUCAAGCUUACUUUGUAAGAAGAACGUGUUGGUGUCGAUAUAAUAUGCGGCGGAUGGGAUGGGAUGGGAUGGGAUCGGAUCCAACUGUGAAAUGUGAAAGGUUAUUGGGUUUUGUAGGUUUCAUUUGUUUUUGUGUCUCUAUGUUGGUUGGUAUGAAAGAAUGUUAGAAUGAGCAGCAGGUGUAAAUGGAAGUAGUAGUUGUUAUGGACAUGAAUCCAAGAAACCUAAAGUCACCAACUACUCUUUUUUAGAAUUCAAUUGUGAUGGAUGUGCUUCCUUUAUAUUGAAAUCAUUUCAAUUUAAGAACCAU